AGCUGAUCGAUAGCUCAAAGGUUGCACUGAGUAAACUGUCAGUGCUGUAGUGCUCUGUGGGACACUGACCCGCUCGGCUGUGUUACAUUCUAUGCUGUACUGCUGAUCAGCGUCGACUGAAAAUCCCCUCUCUUAGAAAGGAUUAAAGAUCCUAACAGAUGAGAAUGAAGUGGGUGGUGUGUGUAGGAGUUUUCUGGAUCUUCUCCACCUCCCUUGCUGACAUAUGCAGCCUGAAGCCCAAAGAUUUGCCCCUGGAGCCAGUAUGUAUAUACCGCAACCCGAACGUCCCAGAUGAGGAAGUAGCAGGAACCGAGAUACCAGAGAUACCCGAGACAGUCCCUGGGUCCACCAACCCUCGCGUGUGGGAGCUGUCCAAAGCCAACGGGCGCUUUGCACUGGCUCUCUUCAAGCAGCUCUCUAAAGGCAAGUCUGAAGAUGAAAAUAUCUUCAUGACCCCGCUCAGCAUUUCGACAGCCUUCGCCAUGACGAAACUGGGAGCUUGCAACAGUACGCUGGAGCAGAUCAUGCAAGUGUUCGAGUUUGACACAAUAAAGGAGAAGACGUCGGACCAGGUUCACUUUUUCUUUGCCAAGCUGAACUGCCGCCUCUAUCGCAAAACAUACAACUCUGUGGAACUGGUCUCGGCCAACCGUCUGUUUGGAGAGAAAACAUUCAAGUUCAAUGAGAACUAUCAAAACAUCAGUGAGAUGGUCUACGGGGCCAAGCUGCUGCCGCUGAAUUUUAAGGAGAAACCUGAACUUUCGAGGCAGAGGAUCAAUGAGUGGAUUUCUGAGAAGACAAACCAAAGAAUAAACAACACUUUGCCUGAGGGCUCAAUAGACGUAAAUACCAUUCUGGUGCUGGUCAAUACCAUCUACUUUAAGGGCCAAUGGAAGAGCAAGUUUAACAGACAACAUAGCUUGAAGGCUAAAUUCUACGUCAGCGAGACAGACAGCUGUGAGGUGCAGAUGAUGUACCAGGAGCACACAUAUAACUAUGGAAAAUUCCCAGAAGACAAUGUAAGGGUGCUCGAGAUGUUCUACAACGGAGAAGGCAUUUCAAUGGUGAUCGUAUUACCGGACGAAAAAAAAAAGCUGUCUGAGGUGGAGGAAACUUUAACCCUUAAGAAACUCAAUAGCUGGUUGAACAACAUGAAAAAUAAACAAGUGGCAGUGCAAUUCCCACGUUUCCGCAUAGAGGACAGCUUUAGCCUGAAAGAAAAACUUCAAGCUAUGGGCCUCAACGAUAUCUUCAGCGCAGAGCAUGCCAGUCUACCAGGCAUGGUAGCAAGCAAUGAAAAUGACCUUUACGUCAGCGAUGCCUUCCAAAAAGCUUUCCUUGAAGUGAAUGAAGAGGGCAGCGUGGCUGCAGCAGCUACUACUGUCCAGUUCACUGGUCGCUCCCUCAACCUGAACCGCGAGGUGUUUGUUGCUAAUCGGCCUUUCCUGCUCUUUAUCCGAGAAACCACCAUCAACACUCUGAUCUUUGCAGGCCGUGUGGCAAAUCCGUGUGACAGAUAAGGAGAUCAAGAUGCACUCCUUUACUCAUGGAGUGUGAGUGAGGAGAAGAGAGAGGAUGAUGAUGAUGAAGAGUUUGAUGACAGUGUUAUUAUUCUCAUCCA